AAUAUUCAAUAAUUCAAACAUUUCUCAAGGAAACACAUAAUAAGAUAAUGCAGUUUUCACAGCAUCCACUUGAACGUCUUGCGAGCCGAUUUGGUAUACGCUUAACAAUAUGUCGUCAAACUCAUAGCGAUCAAGUGAUGGAACGCAUUGGGAAGCGUGAAAUUGUCGGCUACGGCUGGAAUGGCUCGCCUUGCUAUCAUGACCGCUUAGAUUAUCCGAUGCCAGCAGUGCGUUUCCGAGAACCUGACCCGGAGAUAUGUGCGUUGCGCGAGAAAGAAACCGGCGAUUGGCGGAAGUUGUCCAUAGACGAAAAGAAGCAACUUUAUCGUUACAGCUUCCGUAAAACAUUUGCGGAAAUGAAGGCUCCUACUUCCGAUUGGAAGUUUUCUCUAGGCGCAGCUUUGAUUGCAGUUUCGAUUGGUAUAUGGCUAUCACAAUCUUAUGCUCAUGGCAUUUAUCCAGAAUAUCCUGAAACAUUCGAUGAAAAACGUCGUAGUGCACAAUUAAAGAGAAUGAUUGCGCUGGAGGUUAAUCCCGUUACUGGAUUAGCUUCCAAAUGGGAUUACGAAAAGGACCGCUGGAAGUAAAUUGUUUUGGUAAAUGUAUACUUUAGGUCCGCCAACAAAGGAGGCCGCGAAAAUUACCAUUUUUAAUCGUCUUAUUUUGACGUGAAGAUAAGAACCAUUGUUUUAUUGCUUACCAUAUUAUGGAAUGAUUGGAGAAUGCUUUCACUUACGAAUCUCAAAUUAAAAACUUUCUAUCGAAUAU